AUGGAAGACGCGAUGUUGGUGCGUACGGACGGGAAUUCUCUGCUCAAGGCUGUGUUCCUGAGCCGACUACGUCUGACACGCCUGCUGCUGGAGGGAGGUGCUUACAUCAACGAGAGCAACGAGCGCGGCGAGACGCCCCUGAUGGUGGCGUGCAGGACGCGCCACACGGACGCACAAAGCGUGCCCAAACACAAGAUGGUUCGGUACCUGUUGGAGAGCGGAGCUGACCCAAAUAUCCAGGACAAGACCGGUAAGACGGCCCUGAUGCAUGCCUGUUUGGAACAGGCGGGGGCAGAGGUCCUCUCUCUACUGCUGGGGAGUGGAGCUGACCCCAGCCUGGACGACCACUCUGGCUUCUCAGCACUGGUCUAUGCCGUCAACGCAGGGGACAACGAGGCCCUGAGAGUCCUACUGGAUGCCUGCAAGGCCAAGGGCAAGGAGGUCAUCAUCAUCACCACGGACAAGCUGCCGUCAGGACGCCAGAUGACCAAGCAGUACCUGAACGUACCCCCGCCUCCCGACCUGGAGGAGCGCCUGCAUUUCACCCCUGGCUCUGCUGCCUGCCUCAUGUCCCCCUCAGAGAUCCAGCUCCGCACCCCUCCACAGGGCACCUCAGCCACUGCCUCACCCCAGCCAGGGAGCCCCCUCCUGGGCCUCAGGGAGCACCACCACCAGGAUGGUGGAACAAACAUCUCUGGUUCUGCUGGUUCUGGUUCUUCUCAGCCGGGCUCCCCGACCAGGGACCCUAACCUGUUUCGAGGCCCCGGUCCUGGGGUGGUGAAGCUGUUCCAUCCCCAGCGGCUCCACUCUGAGCCCUGGCUGCAGCAGAACAAGGCCUCCAGCCUGACCGAGGAGCUGCUGGACAUCACCCCAGAGGAAGAGCUCUCCUUCCGGGUCAACAGCCUGGUCCUCUCUGGGUCCGGAAGGGUGGGGUCCGGGGCACAUCCGAUCGUCGCCCGCCACCAAAGUAUCGACCCCAAGGAUGCCACGGGGCUGCUGGAGCAGGUGGUUGAGAGUGACGGAGGUGGCGGGGUAGGAGGAAGAGGAGGCCUUAGUAGGAAGAUGUCUUACGACAGUGCUGCAGCUUAUUCCCACCCAAACCUGCUGCACCGGGGGGACGGAGGAAGCUAUGGAGGCUACCCCUGUGGCUCCCAUGAGCCUGUCCUCCCUGUAAACAAAACCUCUCCAGACUGUUGCCUUCCCAACCUGGCUGUGUCCAGCCUGAGGAAUGUGGUUCGCCGCCGCAACAUUGGCAUAGACCAUUACAGCUCUGACUCCCAGCUUCCCCAGUUUGGCAGCCACAGCAGCCACCCAGAGAGUGGAGACUCCUCCAGGGGUGUUGUAGGGGGAACUGAGAAGCGUAAACUGGUCAGUAGUAGAUCCUCCACACUGUCGGGCUCCCGGGAGUCCCUGGAGAGUGCUGCCCAGAGAAGAGGUCCUGCAAACCUGGAGAGGAGAGGCUCGGGGGCCCUGCUCCUGGAUCACAUCUCCCACACCCGUCCGGGGUACCUGCCCCCUCUCAACCCCCACGCACCCAUACCCGACAUCGGGGUCAGCCCCACCUCAACCUGCCCCAGCCUGAGUGGAAGCACCAAGGCACUGAAUCUGAACGGGGGUGUUGCAGGGCUGGGAUCAAAGCCUCUUGUCCCCUGUGCUCCUGCCACCCCCAGAGAUCUGAAGUCAAAGCACACACUGCUGAGGAGACACUCCAUGCAGACAGAGCAGAUUAAACAGCUGUUCAACCUCCAGGAGACACUCCAUGCAGACAGAGCAGAUUAA